AUGGAAGACAACCUUCAGAACAACCAUGCCCAUAACAUUGGUAUCAUCCAACCCUACGACCCGAGCAUUGACCUCGAUGAUGCAUUCUCCGACGGCGAAGACAAGUUGACUUCCUUUGACUUCACGUCCGCGGCGCUACGUGAAGAAAUGGUGAAAGUUCAAGCACAUGCACAACAUAUGGAACGGGACGAGACACCGGACCAGUUACAAGACCCCAAUAACCUUUCGUGUCACCAGAGCAACAUCGAGGCCGAUACCUCGGUAUCCACAUUCGAGCUUGAUGCAAGUAGCGCGCAUGCGGGUUCCGACCAGGAUUUGGAGUCACAUAUUCUUACACCUAUCCCACCCCCUGAAACCCAUCGACCGCAAACCGAGCUUGCAGUCCAGUUUGGUCAUAUCUCACUCUCCGAGGACUCUAGCAUCUCCAACUAUACGUCUGGGCAUGGCGGCGAAGAGCCAGACCGUUCACGUAUAGGAACACCUGGUCCGGAAUAUAUACCUGCAUCCCCGCCUCCUCCAUCAGGAAACGUGAAGCAGAUAGACAAUUACAGCAAGGAAAUUUCGACGGACGCGCCGGUUCCUGACGCGAUGAAAGACUCCUCCGGAGCCGUGGACAAGCUAUUCGUCAACGAAGUUUCUGACAGCCAUCAGACACCCCAUUCCGCCCCGCCGACUACCCCAUCUUUCCCCCCGCCGACCAUUCCGAAGAUUGUCGUUGCCUCUUCUACGUCGUCGCAAUCUACCACUCCUGAAACGUCAAUUCACCGGUCAAGUCGCUCCGUUUCGGGUCCAAGUGCCUUCGAGAAAGUUGUGAGUAGGACUCGGCCAACAUUCCUGCCCCCGAAGCCAAAGACAGAAGAUUUGAAACAUCUGCACGACUGGGAAGAGAUGAUGAAGCAAAGCCGUGCGGCCGCCAGCACCGCCUAUGUUUUUGCGCAACGUAUCUCCGUUACAUCAAUUAACACGAACCGGGCAUGGUCAGAGCAGAAACGGAGAAAGGCGCUGCAAGCACGGCGCCUCGCUCGAGAACAGCGCAUUGAAGAAUCUCUACAGGCUUGGCAGAAGCAUUUGUUGGAGGAUUGGAGAGCUGUCCAUAAAAACCCUGCGUUAAAGAGACUUUGGUGGAAGGGUAUACCGACAAGCCUUAGAGCGACCAUGUGGGAGAAAGCAGUGGGUAACGCUCUCGCUCUUGAUAAAGGCAAUUAUCGAACAUGUGUCGCCCGUGCGAAACGCGCAAGAUCAACAGGAACAUUCCCCGAGGCUACGCUCAAGCUCAUUGAGACGGAUAUCUCCUCGACGCUACCCUCUCUCCACAUUUUCCUUCCAGGGACGGGGCCACUGUAUGACGACUUGUAUGAGAUGCUCGCCGCUUGGGUAGUCUCUCGAUUCGACGAAGGGUUAAAUUAUAGCAAGGGAGUUGCAAGGAUUGCGGGUAUGUUGCUGCUCACCAUGAGCAGCAAAGAACAAGCCUUCAUCGUGCUACGAAAUUUACUUGAACGACACUGCAUGAGGAGUUUCUAUGGUGGCAGGAGCGCCAACGACGAUGUCGAGGCUUACUAUAGAAUUUUUGACACGCUUCUCGCCGAUGGCAUGCCUAAGAUUUAUUUCAAUUUUAAGCAACACCAAAUAUCUCCUGCCGCAUACCUCCCGGAUUGGAUAAUGCCGCUCUUUCUAGACCAUCUCCCCUUCGAGGCUUGUGCCCGGAUCUGGGACGUGCUCGUCUUAGAAGGCGAUUCCUUUGUAUUUCGUGUAUCACUGGCGAUUCUUGCCGUGUUGGAGCCGAGACUAUUUUUCCCGGAUCGAAGGGAACUGCUAGAGCUUUUGAAAGGUGAGAACAAGGCGGCAAUCGAGGUCGCCAAACGUGAGGGCCGCUCCUUGGACGGAGGAAAGUACGAGAUUUAUGGUCUCGACGAGGAGACUCUGUGGGAGAGGAUUGACAGCAUGGACGACUGGUGGAAGGAUAGCACGUGGAAACGACUAUUGCAGCGCGAGCUACCAGAUGUAUAA